UGCGCCAAGCCAACAACGAGACCUACCUCGACCGUAGCGUAGGGCCAACGCGAACGACGUUGCGACCCUUUUUCAGGGCAUCCGUCGCCCGAACCCACCGAUAUAAAUAAAUUCCCUCGCCUUUGCACCAUCAAUCACAGGUUCCUCGCCAUGAACAGCGGAGUGUCAAAAACGCGGGUCUGCCGCUCUCGGAUCAAAAUAUCGAAGGCCUUGCAAGAAGAGCUGCUAGACGCUAUCGCAAGCACGGAUACAGAACUUCCGCAGAACCCCAGAGACCAGUCUCCAGUCACCCCGUCACAAUCUACGAAGAGGCGUCUUACGACUUCCGGGAUUGACCCGCUACCCGCGAAGAGAACUCGAUUAGAGCAGACAGACGCACAUCAGUCGGGAAUCCAGGACCAGAAGGCAGGGCAGAUCGUCAAGCCAGCGCCUAAGCAUCCUCCUCAACAGUCGUACGCCUCGUUUCUCAAAGACUUGGUCGAUCCCGCCCCUUGGAUUCAUCCCAGCCAUCCCGAGCCUGUCCACGCCUUUGUUUUCGAGUGGCUCGAAUCCGUCGGGUCGGACCGAGAGGCGCACUGCCGAUCGGAUAGCCAUCUGCACCGUUCGGACAGCAGCCCGGUUCCAAGACAGUCCACGAGAUCGGCGCCCGACAUGCCUUCCACACGGGAUGCCGAUGGGUACGCGGUGCCAGUGCCACCGACGCCGAGUUCUGCUGGGUCGCGGUCGCGUCGACCCAGCCCAGGGAACAAUAGUGUGGUAUCUGGUGCUUCCAGUCCAUCCUCCGGUGUUCGCCAUUUGAACUACCGCCAAAAUAACCUGAGAUCGAAUGGCAUGGAGAUCCAACGGUACAACACUCCCCUACCGGACGCGGUAUCCGGUCAUAUCAAUAGCAUGUUACGUGCGCAGCGGGACUCCCCCGAGUUGUCGUCCGAUGAACUGAGGCGGGCCAUGGACGGAGUGUGCUAUCUCGCAGAUGGGUGCAACGAGGACGACGUGGCGAGGUUUCUGGAUCGAACAAUACUUCCGGACACCAAGGUCGACCCAACCUAUGGCCUGGACACGGGUCUGGCGAGCAGCUCUAAUUCACUCAUGUCUCAACCUCUCGUUCCUGCCAUCCCUGGAGCCCACCACAGAGUGAGUCAGCCGAAGCCUGACAGGCUUUAUGGAUAUUCGGGGGAUGGACGAGAAGCGUUUACGGAUGCGCAGUUCGUAGCUCACGGCAUGAUCCACCCACAAUACGUGGACUAUCCGAUUGCGACGCAAGGCCUUAGGUUUCCCUUCUUCGUCGUCGAAUUCAAAGCGGCCGGGGGUACGGGCGGCGAUCUCUGGGUGGCUGCGAAUCAGUGUGCGGGCGCUUCGGCAGCUUGCGUCAACGCUGCCGACCAGCUGAACGUCGCGCUUCGAGAGCAUCAGAGCGUGCACCGAGUCGACAACUUGUCCUACUCCAUCGCUGUGGAGAACAAUACGGCCCAGAUGUACGUAUCGUGGAAGGAAGAGAAUCUGCGGCAUUAUAUGCGACGGGUCGAUGCUUUCCUGCUGUCGAGCCCGGAGCAUUUCAAGAACUUUCGCAAGCAGGUCCGGAACAUCCUUGAUUGGGGGAAGGAUAAACGCCUGAAACAGAUCGGGGACGCUUUGGACACGAUCCUCGAGGAAAACAGGAAGCAGGCUGCGGAGCGUGCCAAGACCCGCGAAAUGCCGAUGGAACCGUCGCUUGAGCAGAGGAAGGACAGUCGUCAUCGGCCGGCGUUAGCGGAGCCCGCAUGUCUUCUGGGAGGGACGGUUACUCAUGGAGACCAUUAGCGAGCAAGUAUUUCUGGAUAAAAGUCCCCUGGAUUUUGAUUUUCGUCUCAUCGUUGCGGCAAUCCAAGAUGGCAGCUUGGCCAGUGAGAAGAAUAAUCAACGACGCCAAAGGAGCUCAGCGAGGUACGGUAUCGACACAUAAACGAGGAUUCAGCCAGCGUACGAGUCUCUGCGCUGCGUUUCCCCAAAUCCGAGGAGCUCACAUUUUGCAACAAGACAGAGUCUCUCACGGCUGCUACAGGCCCGUUCGUGGAUGCACCCCCGGGGUAACAUCUCACAGAGUGAAGUACAAUGCAUUGUACCUUACCCUACCUUACCUAAGCAUGUACUACGUGUACUGGUGUUGUUUGC